UCGGCUGGGCUCGGGGCUGCUCGGGUGCCAGCCCUUGUUGGGCUCCCCCGGAGCCUUUGUGGCAGAGGAGGCGGAGAGGAGGAGCCUGGUGUUGGGAGACGUCGGACUGAGAGGGGCUCGGUGACAGCCUGCCUGUCAAGGAGCAAAAGAAAGAGAUUAUCCGAGCAAAAGAAAACAGACGGGCUUGGCUGCCCUGAUAGGGAAGAGAAGGGACGAUUCAGAGGAGAAAGAUUAAAAAAAUAGUUUUAGCCCUGGCCUUUUCAAACAUCAUCUGACAGUGGGAUAGCACGAAGGUGGUUACUGACGUGAAGUUAAAUGGAUUGUGGUAGGAGCUGGGAACAAAGUGGUGUUUGGGAGUUCAUCUGAGCGGGGAUGGGAACUAAUGCCUUAGGUGGCCAGAUAAGAGCAGUAAACGAUUUAAGUGCAAGGAAGGGAAUAAGGACAGAGCCCUGAGGGAUGCCGGUGAGGCGGGAGGAGCAGCUGAAAGAGCAGUCAUUGAGUUGGGAGGGGAAGCAGAUUAACUGCGAAAAAGCCGAGUGGUGACAAGAAGCAGUGAUCCAAGGCAUCCCAAAACAACGGGCAGUUCCAGACUGCACGAAGGUGAAAGGGACCCACAAAUUACUCCCUGGCCGAGCCUAGUUGCCAGUAGUUUCAGCAAAGGAUCAGAAAUUAGGCUGCAGCAGAUCGAGUGGAGCAGGAGGGGAAUGUGAAGGGGGGAGAAGGAGCAACUUCAUACCAUAGUCAGCUUUGAAACGGAAAAACUUAACUCAUGUAAGAAGUUGAAGCCUAACUCAUUUAAGAAACUAGGGCAAAAGUGGUUCCCCUCUGGGUCUAGGAUGCUACUAAGCUACAGGACUAUCCUUCCUUUCCAACAGGAACAGUAUGGCAUAGGUGUAAGCUACUGAGACUGGAGCAUUAAUGCCCUUCAUCCCCUGCUCUGUGUAGUGCUGCUGCUGUUACCACUGUGAGGAACAUAAAGGCACGUACCCUCAAGUAACAGCACUUCCCCCAUUGCAGUAACAAGCGACUUGUGGCCUUAGUGCCAACUGACACUUCGUUCAACACCAGACGAGCCUACACCAGCGAAGAUGAAGCCUGGAAGUCGUAUUUGGAGAAUCCCCUAACAGCAGCUACCAAGGCUAUGAUGAGCAUAAAUGGUGAUGAGGACAGUGCUGCUGCUCUUGGCCUAUUGUAUGACUAUUAUAAAGUUCCAAGAGAUAAAAGGCUGUUGUCUGUUAACAAAGUGAGUGAUAAUCAAGAAGACCAAGAUAAAAGAAAUUGUCUUAAUACCACGGAAGCUCAGAGUAAUUUAAGUGGGGGAGAGAACCGCGUGCAAGUCCUGAAGACGGUUCCGGUUAAUCUUUCCUUGAACCAAGAUCCUUUGGAGUCGUCCAAAAGGGAGUACAACACAAACGUGUCUGGGAGCUCGACGCCCAUCACGGGGACUGGAGUGACUGUGGUUAAAGCAGAGGAGUUCACCCCUGUUUUUAUGACCCCACAAGCACACUAUGCAAGAGGAGAAAAUGAGGAGCACCGAGGAGUUAUCUUUGAACCAUACGAAGUGUCCAACAUUGCUCCCCACACCAAUUAUCUCAAAGAUGAUCAGCGCAGUACUCCUGACAGUACGUACAGCGACACCUUCAAAGAUGGAGGAACAGAAAAGUAUCGCAGUGUGUCGGUGGGGGCUGAAGAAUAUAUUUACGAACAAACGAGCAGCACUUUUCAGUAUACGCUAGAAGCUACCAAAUCUCUGCGUCAAAAGCAAGGGGAGGGGCCCAUGACCUACUUGAACAAAGGACAGUUCUACGCCAUCACCCUGAGCGAGACGGGAGACAACAAAUGUUUCCGGCAUCCCAUCAGCAAAGUCAGGAGCGUGGUCAUGGUUGUUUUCAGUGAGGAUAAAAACAGAGACGAACAGCUGAAAUAUUGGAAGUACUGGCAUUCUCGGCAGCACACAGCUAAACAGAGGGUCCUCGACAUUGCUGAUUACAAGGAAAGUUUUAAUACCAUUGGGAAUAUUGAAGAAAUCGCGUUCAAUGCUGUGUCUUUUACUUGGGAUGUCAAUGAGGAGGCAAAGAUUUUCAUCACAGUGAAUUGCCUGAGCACAGACUUCUCCUCACAAAAAGGAGUAAAAGGGCUUCCUUUGAUGAUUCAGAUUGAUACGUACAGCUACAACAACCGCAGCAAUAAACCCAUCCACCGAGCCUACUGCCAGAUCAAGGUUUUUUGUGACAAGGGAGCAGAAAGAAAAAUCCGAGAUGAAGAGAGGAAGCAAAACAGGAAGAAAGGCAAAGGCCAGGCCUCCCAAGCCUCGUGCAAUAACUCUGAAGGGAAGUUGAGUGCACUCCCUCUGCAAAAAAAGAGCGAUAUCACCUUCUUCAAAACAAUGGCUGACCUGGAUUCCCAGCCAGUUCUCUUCAUACCGGAUGUUCACUUUGGGAACCUACAAAGAACUGGACAGGUUUACUAUAAUACAGAUGAUGAGAGAGAAGGUGGCAGUGUCCUGGUCAAAAGGAUGUUCCGGCCUGUGGAGGAGGAGUUUGGUCCAUCCCCUUUGAAACAAAUGAAAGAAGAAGGCCUGAAAAGAGUGCUUUUGUAUGUGAGGAAGGAGACGGAUGAGGUGUUUGAUGCUUUGAUGCUGAAAUCACCCACAGUAAAGGGGCUAAUGGAAGCGAUCUCUGAGAAAUAUGGUCUGCCAGUUGAAAAGAUUGCAAAACUUUAUAAGAAGAGCAAAAAGGGUAUCUUGGUAAACAUGGAUGACAACAUUAUUGAGCACUACUCCAAUGAGGACACGUUCAUCCUGCACAUGGAGAGCAUGGUCGAAGGCUUCAAGAUCACGCUGACAGAGAUCUAGCCUCAGGCAGAGCCUUUUUGUGAGGAACCACAGCAUUUCAUCCUUCUUGGAAAGCAGAAGAUUCCCCAGGAACUUGACAGACGUUGAUCAGAGAAACUGUUACAAGACUGCUUUGAGAAUACUGUCCAUUCUGCACAUGUGCACCCACUGCACGUAGACUUGGGUUUGUCAAGCACAAGGCCACUCACAUUAACCUGGUCCCUUAUUUAUUGUUCCCCACUCUCUAGUGCACAAGCAGUUACCAGCCCCCAGAUUUGUAACCAGAUGACCCACUGCAAAUGUGAAAUGCAGCAUUUUAAUCCGUACUUUAGUGUGGAUAAGCUCAUUCUAAAACACGUUAAGGAACCAUGCUGGUCUAGUUUCAGAAAUCUGGUGUAAAUCACUCUACCAGUAGUUCUUUCCGUCAUUGCUAAAAAACUGGUGCAGCGCUAAAGAUGGGGAAAGCGGCUGACAGUUCACUCGCUCAGACUGAUCCAUAUCUCUCUAUAGUGUAUAGUCUUGCCAAAUACCUCUGGUAGUUCUCAGCACGUAGCAAUGAGGACUUGUAAGUAAGGCAUUCAGCUACAAAUGUCACUUGUAAGUAAAUGGUAAAGAAACCAUUUUAACCUUGUAUAUAAUGUUUAUAAUAUGCAAUAAUAUAUUUUAACUACUGUAUGUGGGCAUGUUUACUGCCACUAUGUUUUUUGUAUGUAUUGGGUUUAGGGUGUAACAGAAUCUUUCCUAGAGGAUUAGGUUGCUGCAAUCUGUUAAGGAGUGUGUACUGAGAAGCUGAUAACGGCAUCUGCACUCAUAUGCUCCACUCUUCCCCACCCAGUUUUAUACUUAAAUAUUGGAGCAAACUCUGCUAUAGGGUCUGGAGUGCUCUGGCACAACGGGCUGCCCAGUUCCCAGCUGUAGAUACCUGAGUGUCCCAUCCAGCUGCCACCAAAUCCACGAGGCACCAUGUGUCUGCUGCCUGGUGUACCUAAAGGUACAGACGGGACUGAUGCCUGUUCUGUCGAUGAAGUGGAGGUUCUCAAAGUGGCCUUUUCUCAAGCCUGUGGAGGGAAAGGUGGUUUCCGCAGCAGCCUGCUUAUUAAAGCAUUCCUCUAGACUGUAAGAAACAGGAUUUCAAACUCUUCUUCUUAAGGGUACUUGCUCCUGUAUCUCCAUCAAAUGAUUCUGUUUUGAUCCCUAGGACAGUUGGGUGAAGUAUAAACCUGGGCUUGAUGUAAAUACUUUAUUGAAACUGGAACAAUUUUACCAGUGGAGACUGAGUAUCCCACAGCUGAGGGGUGGAGAUCGGUCUCUCUCACAAGGGCUGGAUCUGAACCCAAGUUGAACUACAAGGUUAUGCCAUCAAAUUCCACCCCUGUCUCCUGAAUUCUGUGAAGAGAGAAAGUUGCAGGCUAAAAUCGUAGCAGGAAAGGGGUUCAAGGCCUGAAUGUCCCUAACGCAUCCAAACCCGGCACCUCUCUCUCUCCUUUCCAGCUCUUCUGGCUGUCGUAGAGAGCUCUUGACUCAGCAUACCAUCCUCUGAGUUUCACCUGCAGGCAUUUUAUUCUUCAUGCACUGUAUGUGGAUCCCAUGCGACAGACAGAAAUGUGGGUCCUUUCCUACAUGCAGCCUUUCGAUUUUUUUUUUAUUUUUUUCCCUUCUGAAAUCUUUUUUUUCAUUUAGUCACAGAAUCUGUUUUUAUUAGGUGGUUAAGGCAUAAAGAAACACUGCCUAGUUUAACAGGGCUCUGUUUUGAGCUGUGUGGAGCUAUUUACAUAUAAAGCAAAGUAGCUGGCAUAGCUGACCAGUGUGAUGUCAGCAUGGUUUUGGAUGAAUUGUCCUGCAAGCUCUUGCACACUUUCUUAACUUCCUUAGCAAUAGCAUCCCAUUCUGUACUUCAAAUAGAAAUGUUAGGUACCUGCCAAAGUUUCUGUGGGACCAGAACCUAUAAAAGGUUCAGGCCGUUAGCAUCAGGGCUAGUAUACCCAGAAUCCACAUAAGUCUGCAAAGAGAAGUGUGUGUUCUGUCUUCCUCCCUCCCUCCCUCCCUUCCUCCCUCUCUCUUCCUUUGUCAUGUGCUUUUUCUCCUUCUGAUGCAGAGUUUUGUACUAAUUCCAUUACCUUUUUAUAAAUAUGUACUCCAGCACAGAUGCACUCGUUACCCUGCUCAAGAGCAGACAUCCUGGGAAUACAGGGGAUUUAUGGUGGUUCAGUUUGUUUCUGCUAGGCUCAGGCUCAGAUAAAAAGUCUCUGCUGACCGAUUCCAGAUACUUUUUUCCUAAAGAAAAAAAGAGGACAGUUUUGUCAGGUGGCAUUAGGAACUAGGGCCACCACAGAGGACUGGUGAGCAGUGGUGUUAGUUCUUGUAUUUCUCUGUUGUUUGGGAUCCUGAAGAUAUUGGGUGGGAUGUCUCAGUCAUGAUGUCUGGGCAGAAGGUGCAGGUGAAGCACAGGAGUAAACGUACGCAGGAGUGGAGCCCUGGUUCUUCCCCAGCAAACCUGCCAUCCAAACUCUCUUACUUACAGGGAAUGCCUGUGGCGCCCGGGGCCGGCCUGGGUUGGGAUGUGCUGCAUUAAGGGAGGACAGUGAGAAUUGGGGUUCACAGAGGAGGACAGGGCUGUCCUGGCAGCACCAGCACUCAGGUUAAUGGGACAUUCUUGUCUGGCACAUGGGUGGCUCUGUUGGAUGCUGCAGCAUCGCGUGCUGAGGAGAAGUGUAGGGUUAGUGAGAAGCGCAAUGCUCCAGGAGAUACUGGGGCUUAAGGAGCUAUCUUUCCAUUGCCAUUUUAGGAGCUUUUGGUCAGGCACUGUUCAGGGAAGGAAAGUUGCUUCCAAGACUAAGCUUUUCUAAAUACAUGUUAAAGUGUGUGAAUUCCUGAUACUAGAGAGCUGACACUCCUGCCUUUAAUUCCUUCUUACAGUCUCAAUGAAGGUAGCAGGGUCAAGGAAGAUGAGUAGGAUUCAGCCUGAUGGUGAGAUUAUUUUAAAACAACAACUGGAGCUAGUUAAGGAUGGUCUUGCUUAACUUUAUCUACCAGGGUUUAAGGGCUUUGUUUGUCUGCUCCAGAUGCAUCACAAGCACCUAAGACAUUACAAAGAGCAUGUCGCCCUGCAGCCCUUCAGUUGCAGUUACAGCAUCGGCUGCUGAAGGAGCAGCGAACCUUGGAUGCUGGUCCUGGCAAGUUAGAAGCUCUCAGGGUUCACCUUCUUGGUCAAAAACAGGCUAUCAAAGUGAUGGGGAAGGGCCAGUAUGAGUAAUGCAAACUUCUGAAGCAGUGGCCUGCCUCGUGCCCUGCUUGAUUCAAAGGCCUUUAGAAGUACAAAGUGCUCGCAUGUAUAUUGUUUAAAAUAUACGUGUUGCUUUUGUUUAAUGAAAACUAUUGAUUAAUGCUGGAUCUUCCAAAUAUUAUGAGUUAAAUGGAAAUAAGAUUUGGCUACUGUUCAGCAGGGGACAGGAAUAUCUGCCUUCCCUCCUUUUGUCUCUCUGUGGCACCGCUGUGGUUGUUUAUUUAAAGGAACAAACCUCUCAUUUCCUUUCCUUCUUCAAGGCAGUGGUCUUGAAUCUUAACUAGUGCAGCCCGAAGGGUGGCUUGCUGCUCGACUCAUUUUCCUGUGAAGAAUUAGAGCAGUGCAAUGUCUGUAGAUGUUGUGUUUCAAAAGAGUCAGAUAGAGAUGCGCAAAAGGAGAAUAAUCUUCUAAGCUCUAAUUUUGGUUCCCGCUACAGAUUUGGCACUAUCUCCGUCCAUUUGAUGUUUUAUUGCGAAACCCCCAAAUCUCAAAUUUUAGUUUCUUUCUACGCAAGCAGGUGCUGAUAUCCCCAAAAUAAAGUGCAUCCUUGCAGUAAAGCUUUGUUGAUGUACGGUGAUAUCCCCAUCUAGACAUUUUGGAGGAUUUUUACAGUUGAAUGUAAACUACAAAGAAAAGAACUUUUUUUUCCUGUGUGUCCUCUCUCAUGAAGUUUUUGGGAGUUCAGAGAUCAAGUGUCUUUCUUGUAUAUUUUCCUCUUUCAGUCUAUGGAUUGUUUAAAUGUUGUAAAUUAAUUCAAGCAAUUAGUAAAAACGAAACUCUCCAGCUGUCGGAGAGCUGUCAGAGAUGCUGUAUAUUGAUUGAUACGGAACUGGAAAGGAGUAUCUUAUGCCUUUUAAAAUGUAAAGCUUAUGAAAUGUUUAUAUGCUCUUCCAUUUCCUAUGAAUUGAGACAAGAUACAAACAAGACUGUUUGUGCCAAAGUUUGUGACAAGCCCUCUUUCUGGCAAACAAGGAAACUUUAUGUAUAAAUAGUGUGCUUUUAUAUUAAGAAAAUAGCUCAUGUAACUUAAUAGUGUUGCAACUGGGAGAGGGGUUUGAUAAACUGUAAAUACAGUUAUUUUAUUUUUUGUACAUUUUUAAG